CCAAAAGUCUCCAAAUAGUGAUGGCUCCAUCAAGAAUCUGCCCCAAUGGCCUUAAAGUUACAGUCACUGUGGCCCUCAUUUUCUCUAUUACAUUUCUGCCUCCAUCAUCAGUUGGAACACUAAACUCACGUCACAGUGAAAGCUCGUUACAGCGAAGUAAUAUGGUGUUGGGGUCAAAGCCUCCCGCUUGUGUGAACAAGUGCCUAAGUUGCAGGCCUUGCAUGGCUACUCUGGUCAUUCCUUCCCAUCAAUGGAAGAAUUUCAGAGCUGCAUAUCAUGGUGAUGAAGAUGAUAACUAUUAUCUCCUCUCAUGGAAAUGCAAAUGUGGUGACAAGCUGUUUCAACCUUGA